CAAUAAACAUACACAAACCAUGACUGUAUGGAGAAUUAAUUAGCUACAAGGUCUCAAAGACGAUCACAGAUGACUCUUGAUGACACUUAGUGGAAGUCAGACACAGAAGACACUCAUCAGUGGACUGUAGUGGACGAGAAGGGGAAUAAAGAUAGUACAUAGAAUUAAGAUACAGUAACAAGGUGCAGAUCCAGUAAGUGUCCUUUAGACCAAAGUGAGGAAUCUGAAUUUAAUUCUGGAUGACAUAGGAAGCCAAAGAAGAGUGACUAAUAGAGCCAGCUAACUUAUAAGCCAGCCAGUCCUGUUGGAAAUGACCAUGGGCUGCACAAAAAGUUGUGUGGCAUAUUGUCUGAGAUAAGGUCUGAUCCUCUGAAUAUUGUGCAGUACAAACAACAUGACUUUGUGACUGAGGCUACAUGCUCAGAGACAUUUCAUUGGUAAUCAAUUAUGACACUUGAGUUAUGCACAGUUUUAGCCAGGGUCAUGAAGAUGAGCUAAACUGGAUGCUGAUACUGUAUAUUAAGAGCUAAAUUAGCUGGGAAUACCAGAAGCUCAUUUUUGGAGAGAUUGAGCUGAGAAGGUGUUGAGCUUUCAUCCAGACUGAAACUUCCCUGAGGCAUGCAGAAAUCAUGGAGUCAUCUGGUGGGAAAGACAGGUGAAAUGGACUCUCACAUGCUUGGUAUCCUGCAGUCCAGGUUACCCAAGACUCCAAUCAGCGCUCACAUUGUGGAACCAAGCAUUGCACUCAUUGAAAACUUUAAAGCUUCAGUGGCUAAGGCCUCCAACCUCCAAAAGAUUAAAUUCACCUGGAAUGCUUUAUCAUGCGCUGAAUAUGAGAAACAAGUUAAAGACACCAAAGACACAAACAGAUUUGACUUCAUGAACAUGAUUCAGAUGCUAUACUACAUGGAUGAUUAUGUUGCUGUCAUCAAGUUUUUCCACAGCCUGUUGAGAGAGAAGGGAAGACUCAUGAUCAUUCAUGAAGCAGCUGGCAGCGGUUGGGGUACUCUAUGGAGUACCUUCACAAAUGAUCUCUGCACAAAGUCUGUCACCAAGUACAUUUCUGACGCUGACAUCAAAGGCGAGCUAGACAAGCUGGGUCUGAAGUAUGAGGAGCACAGCAUCCCCAACACCAUGGACAUCACCGAGUGCUUCGUCGAGGGCAGUAAAGUGGGAGCGAUGCUGCUGGACUUCAUGACUGACCAGGAUAGCUUUGAAAAGGCCUUCAGCCCAGAGAUGAAAGCAAAGAUUCUGGAUAUGCUCCGCAACAAGUGCUGCACACUAAAGAACGAGCGUCUGCUGUUCGACUGCAGCCUGACCUGUUUGCUCAUACAUGCUUAACACUACUUACACUCUCUUUCCUGCUCUACCACAUAAUACUAGUGCAGAUGACAGACAUGUUAUGUGUAGUUUCAGCAUAAUGGCACAAUCUACAUAUAUUUCUGUCAUCUCUAUAUGUCUGUUUCUUGUUUCAAAGGCUUUUAGAUUUCUAUAUUUUUUGUAAUUCUUUAGGCGUGAUGUGAAAAAAAAAUGUUUGCUCUUUUAAAAUGUCUUCUUGCAGUAAAUAGAUGUACUGGUGUCCAUUACACAGUGCUGCAGUAUUUUGCAUCUACACCAGAAGAUGGCGCUCUUGUCUGUUACACUCUAAAUGAAGUAGCGCGUCCACUUACGGGGAAUGUGGCCAGCAGACCAGACACUGAAUAUGAUAUCUUACAAUAAAUAGCAUUUAUAUGAUGCUCAUCAGCAAAUUGAUAGCCUAAUUAGCCGAGUUGCAUGGUCAAUCAGCUCAAAUUAUUUGACUGCUGUGAAAAGUCAUUUUCAAUUUGAGCAUUAAAAUAUGGAUUUGUACUGGAAUUGUUGUGUAAUUUCAGACUGAUGACUACAGAGGAUGCAUAAUAGGUUAUCUUCAUUUACAUCGAUGUGCUCUUGUCAACCCUAAACUGAACACAGGCACCAAUAAAUUCUUCCCAACUUUU